CCUGUCAAACAACACAAACGCCAUCUUGACAGCACCCUCAAAAUGGCAGAAAGAUGUGAGCUCGAAACCAAGUCCAAACUAAGAUUACUUCUCUCUACUUUUUAAAAACAGACUCGACAGUUUUCCCAUUAAACGAGCGGAUAUGGGGUUGGAGUCCAGCGCUGCAGCACAGAGCCUUUAAAAUGGAUAUAACGACGGCGGUUUUCAACGCGGCCAGAGAUGGUAAGCUGAAACUUAUCCAGAAGUUGCUGAGCAACAAAACUCCUGAGGAGCUGGAGGCGUUAGCCGAGGAGAAAAUCCUGGGAGGAACCCCUCUGUUGAUAGCUUCGCGAUACGGACAUUUAGAGGUUGUAGAUUACCUACUUGAACAUUGCAAAGCUAAUGUGGAACUCGGCGGGGCGGUUAACUUUGACGGCGAGACCAUCGAGGGGGCCCCGCCGCUGUGGGCAGCGUCGGCAGCCGGUCACCUCCCCGUGGUGAAGACGCUUCUGAAACACGGUGCCUCAGUCAACAAUGCAACACUAACUAACUCAACACCGCUACGGGCUGCCUGCUUUGACGGUCACCUGGAGAUAGUUCGGUACCUGGUGGAGCACAGAGCCGACAUGGAGGUAGCCAACCGCCACGGUCACACCUGCCUCAUGAUCUCUUGCUACAAGGGCCACAAGGAGAUCGCCAAGUUCCUCCUGGACCGCGGGGCUGAUGUCAACCGCAAGAGUGUAAAAGGGAACACCGCCCUGCAUGACUGUGCUGAGUCAGGCAGUCUGGACAUCAUGAAGAUGCUGCUUAAGUGCAACGCUCGCAUGGAGAGGGAUGGAUACGGGAUGACCCCCCUCCUUGCUGCAAGUGUCACAGGUCAUACUAACAUUGUGGAGUACCUCGCCCAUCAGCCCCGAACCUCCAGAGAGGAACGCAUUGAUUCACUUGAACUCCUUGGGGCGACUUUUGUGGACAAAAAGCGGGAUCUUUUGGGCGCCAUGAGGUAUUGGAGAAGGGCCAUGGAGCUGAGGCAGCCAGGGGACAAAGUUGGGUCCCUGUCCAAGCCUCCACCUGGUCCCCCUAUUCCUGCCUAUGGCUGUGCACAGGAGGUGAACACUGCAGAGGAGCUGGAGGCUCUUAUCACUGACCCUGAUGAAAUGAGGAUGCAGGCCUUGUUGGUGCGAGAGCGCAUCCUUGGCCCUUCCCACCCAGACACCUCUUAUUACAUCCGCUACAGGGGAGCUGUAUACGCAGACUCGGGCAACUUUGAACGCUGCAUCAGCCUGUGGAAGUACGCUUUAGACAUGCAGCAGAGCAACCUGGACCCCCUAAGCCCCAUGACAGCCUCAAGUUUCCUCUCCUUUGCAGAGCUCUUCUCCUUUGUCCUCCAAGACCGGGCCAAAGGCACCCUGUCAACGCGCAUCACCUUCCACGACCUAAUGACUGUGCUGGGGAAAAGUGUUCGGGAGGUGGAGAGAGCUGUGGCCCAAAAGGACAACCCUCCUGAAGCUCCUCAGUUCACCAAAGCCCUCUCCAUCAUCCUACACCUCAUCUUCCUGCUGGAGAAGCUGGAAUGCAGCCCCGAGCAGGAGCACCAGAAGAAGCACACUGUGUACCGCCUCCUGAAGCUGAACCCCAGGGGUCGAAACGGCUUCACGCCUCUCCACAUGGCUGUAGACAAGGAGACCACGUCUGUUGGACGCUACCCCGUAGGCCGCUUCCCCUCCCAGGCGGUGGCAGCUCUACUCCUGGAGUGCGGCGCAGACGUCGAUUCGCGUGACUGUGAUAACAAUACACCACUGCACAUCGCUGCCAACAAUGGCUGUCCAGAAAUCAUGGCUCUGCUCAUGAAGACUGGGGCACACUUUGAUGCUACUAAUGCUCAAAGGAAGACAGCCUACGAGCUGCUGGACGAGCAGAGCAGCGGGCACCCUGCUCUCUACCCACUGAACUACGUUACUCUUCAGUGCCUGGCGGCGCGUGCAAUUGAAAAGCACAGACUGCCCUACAGGGGACUCAUCUCUGAGGAGAUGGAGGCUUUCAUUGAGCUGCACUGACAUCCACUACACUCCCCUGAUGAGGCGUCCCUGCACUACUCUUCUGUUGCCCCUCAUAUCUAGAUCUGACCUGCUGCAAUCGCCAAUCUUUCAUCUCUGUCUCCUUUUGAUCUCAGCUUCUCUCUUGGACUUUUCAACCUUAUGUCAGACCAAACUUUAGCAAUAAAACUCCAGUGUCUGGGCUUAAAUCUCUGCCUGAGAUCUGGUCAGUUCUUGCUUGCUUCCUAGUUUCUUCUGCUAUUUUAUACUGGGUGAAACUUUAACCUGACAGAGGCUUUAAUUCAUUUCCCCCCCUUCUUAAAAGGAGACCUGUUGUAUGAUGGUGCUUGUGUGUGUUUGAUGUUGGCUGGGUUGUAUCAAAGAUGGGUUUUAGUAUUACCAAUAGAAAGCAUCUGAUCAAACUAGUCAGGUAACAUGCAUGAUAAGAAGAGUGAGAGUGGUAGCUCACUUGUGUUGUUUUGCAAGUUCAGAAAGAGGACGUGUGAACAAACUCGCUGAAGGUCAUUUUUCCUCGUUCACCUUUACAUUACUCUGUUUCUUUGAUAUGGGAAAGUUUUGAAAUGACUGUGCCAAAUGGCAGCCAUGAGGCUGUUACAGACUGUUAACUGGUGGCAAAAUGAAAUGCAAUGAACUAAUCUGUCUUAAUUAUAGGCAGAAGUAAAUACCCAAAGGUGAGACAUCAUUUAAUCUUGCGUCAGCAUCCUGAGCAGUUUAAUAUUUCAGAUUAGAACAUGAUUUGUCGUCACUGCAGAGACAUCUAUGUCAUUAAAGAUGAGUGAUAUGUCUUUAAGUUAUUGAAAAGGAGCUGAGCGUUUGGCAAUGUGAAGUUUGCACAUAGACCGUUUUAACCUAUGCAGUUUGUUAGAAUCGGAUCUGAGGCAACAUUCUCAAAAUGUAAUGACAUAAGAAAGUUUGGGGUUGAGGUCAUGCUUCCGAUUAUAAAUGCUUAUCUCUACAGGAUAAUGACUCAAAUAUGGGGCUGCUUCAGUGACAAAGAAUAAUAUCUUCUAACUAAGAAUGUUUUCUUAAAGUGUUUGCCUACAUCUGAAAUCAACAGUUUUACAACGGAGCCUAAAGUGUGCCUAAAUCCCUCUUUUCCUUGGUAAAGUCAACACCCACAAAGAUAUUUAAUUCACUGUCAGAGAAGCAGCUUCAGUGGUAAUAUGUCCAAGAUCAUGUGUCCUUUUUUAAAAGUGAAAUCUCCCUUUAACCUCAGAUGCAGUUCACAGAAAUGGAACAGAUGGCUCUGCUGCAGCCAUUCCUGCAUCUAUGUCUUAUUUUUAAUGGUCUCUCUUUUGUUUAUCUUGUGUCAUCAUGAAUGUUUUAUCUGUCUGUCUGUGCUUAGCACCGCCGAGUUGAAUGCAUACUGAGGGACUCUAAAUCCUAAAUAGACACAAUUACAUUCAGGCCACGAACUGUCGCUGCCUUUCUCUUUCUCAACUGAUUCGUUUAACUGAUGAUAACUUGAGAACAAAACGUGUGUUGGGGAUACUUGAAUAAAAUUCAGUGUCACAACAUUA